ACGAAAGUGUCAACGACGAGAGAGAAUAAAAUAACCAAACUAAAAACAAUAACAAAAACUGAACAAAGUGUUAAGCAAGCACAUUAAAAAAUAUAUUUUAAACAAAGCUAGUAGUGAAACGACCGAUUUAAUCGAUAUAAAAGGAAGAAGAUUACAAAUCGUUAAUCUAGUAAAUCAAAAUGGCAUCUGGAGGCUUAACAUGUGUCAAAUAUUUAACCUUUUUCUGUAAUUUAUUAUUUGCCCUGUCGGGAGUUUUGAUUUUAUUGAUUGGCGCCAUGGUUCAAUUUAACUAUGCACACUAUUCGAAUUUCGUCAGUGAUCACAUAUGGACAGCUCCCAUUAUUUUGAUGGUUGUAGGUGCUUUGGUAGCAUUCAUCUGUUUUAUGGGAUGUUGUGGCGCCUUAAAGGAGAACAGUUGCAUGAUUCUGUCGUUUGCCAUUUUAGCAUUAAUAGUAUUUUUCCUUGAAAUCGGCUUGGGCAUAGCUGGCUACAUCAAACACACUGGCUUGAGGCAAAUUAUGGAAACACAAUUUAACGCCACCAUGGAGCAAUACAAUGAACGCAAAGAUUAUCGAGACGCCUGGUCGUUAUUACAAACAGAGUUGGGGUGCUGCGGCAUUCAGGGACCCAACGAUUGGGAAAAGGUUUUCUCAAACGAAACUAUGCCCGCGUCUUGUUGCCCAAUGAUUAACCUCAACGAAGCUACUUCAUGCACUGUGACACAUGCAAAUAAGAAUGGCUGCUUAAAGGAACUCCUGGAUAUCUUGGAUUCGAAAACCCUUGCUUUGGCUGUAGUAGUUUUGGGUGUUGCAGGCAUUCAGUUUCUUACGAUCCUGUUUGCCUGCUGCCUUUAUCGGUCAUUUCGUCGGAGCUACCAGACAGUUUGAAUUACGCAGCCAAGAUCCGUUGUGCCGCAUUUAAAGAGCAACAUCGAUAUAGAGAAACUACGUUGUGUCCUAUCCAGUUUAGUUGUCCCACAGUUUGGACAGUGGACGCUCAUCUACAUGCAGUCGACAAUUAAAAUAAGCCAACACCUGCAUAUAAUUAUUAUAUAUUUACAAAUACAUAUGUCAUUUUUUUAAUAGUUAUAAGGACACACAUUCACAUGAAGAAUAUUUAGGAUAAAAGUUCACAUUGCAUAUACAGUGAGAAAAGUAUACAUACACUUAAAAACACACAUAAAAACUCAUCUACUUGAGAAUUAGGACAACUCUGCAUUGAAAUUGUACCUAAUUUGGGUAACAUUGUAAGUCAUCUAGAUCUAUCAUACCAACGUUCGUUCCAUAACUUUGUGCCACAAAUAUCCAUGCCCUCACCAAAACCAUUCCAUUUCAUUCCAAAUCGAUGUUCAUCAACAGCUCCCAAAGCUUACGCGAAGUUCUUUCCCUCUGUGAUAUCGUUUUUAUGUAGGCACAUGUUUUGUUCCCCCAUAACUCCCUCUGCAUUAAAGCAUUUGAAUUCACCUCCCGUCUAAGUCCAACUUGUUGUGGCAGCGUCAUUAGGAUAUUUUAGUAUUACCCAAUCUAAAAGGUUUCGUUUAGAAUAAGCAGAGUCCGGAGUUUUAUGCAAAAUCGAAAGUUUCAUGUUGUUGUUGUAGCAGUUUAUUGUGUUCUAUCUUUCGUCUGCUUGAUUCUAUUGAGUGUCAAGACCCAAAGUUUCAUAUCUUUUAUUUGUCAAAUGCGGUGGUAUUUUCCAAUAAUUUUUUUGUAAACUUUUAUUGAUUUGAAUACAUUAUCUCUGCUAGUAAGUAUGCAAAGUACCCACGCAUUUGCCAAUAAAAUAGACAGAAAAUUUUUGAUUUUGCAUAAAAAUUCGGACUCUAAGAAAAGUUACGUUUCUGUCCAUGGAUAACCACAAUUUUGCAAUUUGCUCAAUCUUAGCCACCGUACAUAACCCUUCACUUCUCAUUCAUUUAGAUUUUUUUGUUCAAUCGUAGCCACUUGAAGCGUUAGGGAUUUCUCGCCCUCAAUGCAAGUUCAAUUUUUAAAAGACUUGAUGUUAUUUCUUUUAUAUUUGAAGAUUCUUUUGUAUUAAGGACAACAUUGUAUUUAUAUUUAUUAUACAAAUCAAUUUAGUAGUUGUAUUCCCUUAAGGCUUUUUAUAUGAAAAUAAGCGUUUCUCCUUCAAUUGAAGAGCAAUACCCACUGAUGUUUAGUAAACUUCGCAACGGAAUUUAAAUUUCAGAACAAACAUAACGUUUCAAUUUUUAUUCAAAAGUAUGCAAUUGAAGCAUAUACGACUAGAUUAAGCGAAGUAUAUUGAGAUGCAUUUUAUAAUUAUACUUAUAAACUUAAAUAUACGAAAAAAAUCGCAAUCUUUUUUCAAUUGUUUGUAUAAAAGGAUUUAGCAACUGUGCAGCACUGAAUAAACAAUAUUUUAUUAAAACUUUACGA